UACGGAUACCUAAUCUUUUAUCAAUUGAAAUAUAUUGAAACUAUUUAAAUAUGUAAUAAUACGUACAUGUACUAGCAAAGUACUCCAAUAAAGACAUUCGACAGUAAAAAUGAGGAGUCUGUUUGUGUAUACACUGUUUGCGUGUUUUCCAUUUAUUAUUGUGAGUUAUCAAACUAGUGCGGAAGACGGUUGCAUUGUAAAAGAAUUUGAAGAAGUGGACAGUGUGAUAAAUAACUGCAAAGAUAUUAUUUUGGAUAGCCUCUCCAUACCUGGGGGCAAAAAACUGAUACUAAAUUUAAAUGAAGGUACUACACUUACAUUUAGAGGAAAUACCUCCUUUAAUUUCUACGAAUGGACUGGGCCUUUGAUAACUAUUAGCGGCAAUAACAUAAAAGUUAUAGGAGAAAAGGAUUCUGUUAUCGAUGGGCGCGGACCUUUAUGGUGGGACGGUCAGGGUACAUGGGGUAGCCAAAAGCCAAAACUCUUUAAAAUACAGGUCACAAAUGCCAUUUUGGAUGGUAUCAAUAUCAAAGAUUGUCCUUCACUUUGUACCAUUGUUAACGGAGAGAAUCUUGUUAUUAGAAAUUGGAUUAUUGAUAACUUAGAAGGAGAUGAGGGUGUAGCACCAGAAAAUAAUUUCGCACAUAAUACGGAUGGGAUAAAUCUGGGAAAAUCGUAUCCAAAUGAGAAUGUUACUAUUGAAAAUUGCGUAAUUUAUAAUCAAGAUGAUUGUAUAGCUAUUGCUCGAGGAAAAAACGUCACUGUUCGAAACUUAUUUUGCCAUGGGAGUCAUGGACUUACAAUAAGUGGCGAUAAUGCAGUAAUUGAUGAUGUUUUAUUCGAAAAUUCUAUCAUUACUAUGGCCGAAAAUGGUAUUCAUGUUAAAACGCACGUGCUUAAUGGAGAUGGAUUAGUUAAAAAUGUAGUAUACAGGAAUAUAACGAUACUAGAUGCUAAACAUUAUGGUAUAAGUGUUGAACAGAACUAUCUAAAUUUACCAGCUGGGCAACCGCAGGACGGUCCACCAUCCAACAACAUCCCUAUUUACAACCUCUCAAUGCACGAUAUAUAUGGAAAUGUUUUAAGUGGAGGCAUACCGGUAUUCAUCCUAUGUGCUGAUGAAGGGUGUUUUGAUUGGAAAUGGGAAAAUGUUAAUAUACUCGGCGACAGCCAAAAUAAUAAUUGCACUGGUUAUGUUCCUGAGGAGUACGAAUGUUACGUCGAAGAAGCUUGCAUAGUAAAAGAGUUCGAAGAAGUAAACAAUGUGAUAAAUAACUGCGAAGAUAUUAUUUUGGAUAAUCUGGAUAUACCUGGUGGCGACCAGCUGAUACUAAAUUUAAGUGAAGGUAGUACACUUACAUUUAGAGGAAAUACCUCCUUCAAUUUCUAUGAAUGGACUGGUCCUUUGAUGACUAUUAGCGGAAAUAAUAUAAAAGUGAUAGGAGAAAAGGACUCUGUUAUCGAUGGACGAGGACCUUUGUGGUGGGACGGUCAAGGUACAUGGGGCAGCAAAAAGCCAAGGCUUUUAAAAAUACAGGUCACAAAUGCAGUGUUCGAUGGCAUCAAUAUUAAGGAUUGUCCAUCACUGUGUGCUAUGGUUAACGGAGACAAUCUUGUUAUAAAAAAUUGGUUUAUUAAUAUCUUAGAAGGAGACGAGGGUGUAGCACCAGAAAAUAAGUUCGCACACAAUACGGAUGGGUUACAUCUAGAACAUUAUUAUUCAAACGAGAAUGUUACUAUUGAAAAUUGCGUAAUUUAUAACCAAGAUGACUGUAUAGCUAUUGCUCGAGCAAAAAAUGUUACUGUUCGAAACUUAUUUUGUCAUGGAAGUCAUGGACUUACUAUAAGUGGCACAAAUUCAACAAUUGAAGAUGUUUUAUUUGAAAAUUCUAUCAUUACAAUGGCCCAAAAUGGCAUUCACGUUAAAACGCACGUACUGGAUGGAGAUGGAUUAAUUAAAAAUGUAGUGUACAGGAAUAUAACAAUACUAGAUGCUAAAAAUUAUGGUAUAAGUGUUGAACAGAACUAUCUAAAUUUACCAGCUGGGCAACCGCAGGACGGUCCACCAUCCAACCACAUCCCUAUUUACAACCUCUCAAUGCAGAAUAUAUAUGGAAAUGUUUUAAGCGGAGGCAUACCGUGGACAGUAAAAAUGAUGAGUGUGUUUGUGUAUACACUGUUUGCGUAUUUCUCAUUUAUUCCUGUGAGUUACCAAACUCGUGUCGAAGAGGGUUGCUUAGUAAAAGAGUUCGAAGAAGUGAACAAUGUGACAAAUAACUGCAAGGAUAUUAUUUUGGACAAUCUGUCCAUACCUGGUGGCGAACAACUGAUACUAAAUUUAAAUGAAGGUAGUACACUUACAUUUAGAGGGAAUACCUCCUUUAAUUUCUGCGCAUGGACUGGGCCUUUGAUAACUAUUAGCGGCAAUAAUAUAAAAGUCAUUGGAGAAAAGGACUCUGUUAUCGAUGGGCGCGGACCUUUGUGGUGGGACGGUCAGGGCACAUGGGGCGGCAAAAAGCCAAGACUUUUAAAAAUACAAGUCACAAAUGCAAUUUUUGAUGGCCUCAAUAUUAAAGAUUGCCCAGCACUGUGUGCUAUGGUUAACGGAGAGAAUCUUGUCAUAAGAAAUUGGUUUAUUAAUAUCUUAGAAGGAGACGAGGGCGUAGCACCAGAAAAUCAUUUCGCCCACAAUACAGAUGGGAUAAAUUUAGCAAUAUUUGAACCAAAUGAGAAUGUUACUAUUGAAAAUUGCGUAAUUUAUAAUCAAGAUGAUUGUAUAGCUAUUGCUCGAGGAAAAAACGUCACUGUUCGAAACUUAUUUUGUCAUGGAAGUCAUGGACUUACUAUAAGUGGCACAAAUUCAACAAUUGAAGAUGUUUUAUUUGAAAAUUCUAUCAUUACAAUGGCCCAAAAUGGCAUUCACGUUAAAACGCACGUACUGGAUGGAGAUGGAUUAAUUAAAAAUGUAGUGUACAGGAAUAUAACAAUACUAGAUGCUAAAAAUUAUGGUAUAAGUGUUGAACAGAACUAUCUAAAUUUACCAGCUGGGCAACCGCAGGACGGUCCACCAUCCAACCACAUCCCUAUUUACAACCUCUCAAUGCAGAAUAUAUAUGGAAAUGUUUUAAGCGGAGGCAUACCGGUAUUCAUACUAUGUGCUGACGAAGGGUGUUUUGAUUGGAAAUGGGAAAAUGUUAAUAUACUCGGCGACAACCAAAAUAAUAAUUGCACCGGAUAUGUUCCUAAGGAGUACGAAUGUUAAUUGGUUUUGUGUACUCAAAUAUUGUUUAAAACAUAAAUAAAUUUUCAAGAGUU